CUUAACCACCAUGGCUGCACCAGAAUCGAUGACCACUCAGAACCUCACCGCCGUGUUCGUCAUGAACAAGACAUUGAGUGACAGUACGGACAAGAUCCUCGAGCUGCAGGGCGUCAGCUGGUUCAAGCGAAAGAUCAUCGCCAGCUCGUCGCUGACGCUGUACGUGAAGCACUACAAGAGCGAGUCAGAUGGCCAAGAGCAUAUCGACAUCAAGCAAGUCCUCAGUGGCGGUAUCAGUGGCUCGGAUGAAGAGCGGACUCUGGACUGGCAAGAGAGGCAUAAGGACGACAGCACUUUCGGGGCCGUAAUCGGCAAGUCGAAGAGGAUGAAAGUUGAGGAAGUCGAGGACGAGUACUUGCGGAAUGGAUGGACUGAGGACACAAUCGAGCAUGGUGUUAUUUGCUCGUACGUUGUCAGUGACACGGAGAAGAGCAAGACGACGUGGACGGCGCACCAGAUAUGGGGUUUCGAAGUGGUCAACGAGGAGCGGAGACAUGUAAGACACCUGAAGUUCACUGGACCCAAGGGCGAAGAAAUCAAGGCCAGGUUGGUUUAUGAUUACUAUGACCCUUCCCCCUUGCUAGACUAUACCUUCCGCAGAGGCCACAAAUCAUUCAGUCUGGCCCUUGAGUCAACACUGAUCCGUGUCACCCGUCCCUUAACGAACCCUUGGCUUUUCGUCCUCCUCGCAGCGGCCUAUAUUAUCGGCCUCGCGUUCCUGUCGCGUGCAAACUCGUUUCAGACACCGUCCGAUGCAUGGGUGGAUUGCACAUCGACCUACUGGCUUGCAAAUGAUGGAUGUGGCCUAAACGGAGAAGCAUGCGGACCGUUCGAGGAUCAGACUUUCGACUUCCGCUGUCCGUCGCAAUGCAUGUCUGUCGUACUGCAGAACCCGAGGACAGUUGGGGAUGAACAGGUUGACUUCGUCCCGCUCAUAGUCGGAGGUGGGGACUCCAAUAAGACGUAUAGAGGCGACAGCUUCAUAUGCGCAGCAGCCGUGCAAGCCGGCAUGUUCAGUGACACUACCGGUGGUUGUGCCACUUUGCAGCUGGCCGGAAACUUCACCGACUUCUUGGGUACAACCGCUCACGGUCUAACCUCAAUAGGGUUUCCUACCGUAUUCCCACUAUCCUUCCGGUUCAGCCCAAGCAACAGUCUUAGCCACUGUACGGACCUCCGCAACCCCGCUCUCGCCUUCGAUAUCCUGGUUACAUGGCUCCUCUUCUGGAUACUUCGACCCAGGCCUAUCGUUCUUUACUGGUGCCUAGUCUGUAUCGGCUACUGGCAUGUUGCACUCUUCUCUCAGCCUCAAGGCACUCCUCCUCCUCUAGACACCGCGUUCGGCACUUUUCUACCCGCUCUAUUCAUUGCAUAUGGGUUCUGGCGACUUGCUUUCCGAUUCGUGUUGCCUGCCUUCUCCAAGGCGCCAAUCGAGGCGUCCAUCUGGUACCUCGCAACCUUUUGGGCAGGCGUGCUCACGAAUAUUACCACGGAUAAGAUACCUAUCGAUCGACUCGUAGCUUCAGACAUUGCUCAGCGGCCUGGCGCCGUCACGGCUCUGAUUAUAAUCAUCAUUAUCCUCGUCGUAAUAGUAAUCAACCAAAUACGAGUCAUACGAAAGACCGGGUGGUUGCCUCACUAUGCCCGCUGGUAUAUCAUAGGCGGGUUGGUCACUCUAGUCUUAGCACUCUUGCCUGGGUUGGAGCUUCGUAUCCAUCAUUAUAUUCUUGCAAUGGUGCUUAUUCCUGGGACGGCGUUCCCUACGAGGUUGUCUGCCAUAUACCAGGGAUUCUUGCUUGGUAUGUUCUUAAACGGCGCCGCGGCGUUUGGGUUUGAUUCGAUACUGCAGACGGUGGCAGAUCUUCGGCGGGACGCCCCGUUAGGCACUGAUCUUCCGACCUUCCUGACGAACUCUACAACCUUCAACGCGUCCAUUCCCCUUCAGAGCCAGGUAAUCUUCUGGAGUCCAAUCCCCGAUGGCGAGUCAUGGGACGGCUUCGCUUUAUUGGUGGACGACGUCGAGCGUUACGUAGGCACGGCAUUGAACUACUCACUGUCCUCGCUACAAGCUGGACUACCGCAUUUCUUCCGACUAGCGUUCACGAACAACGGGGAAGCUGGUGAUUUCACCAUGCCCGCUGCGCUCUGGCCGAACGGAACAUGGACAGACCCCUUGCCUGGACCUUCUUAG